AUGCGAUUUGCGGUGCAGUCAUCCAAAAUCGUCACCGAUGGGCGUUCAUCCAAGACCAAGAACAUCCGUUCGCCGGCGCAUAUAAAAGCUGCGAGCCCCUUGCAAAAUUGGCCAAACAAAAUGCAAGUGCUUAAUGUAAAAUUGUUUAUUUUGCCAGUGGUUGUUGCGGCUUUAGUACGUGGUCAUGCGGUGGAGAAGGAGCAGCCGUCGAGCCACGGCUAUGGACCACCCAUACACAUAACCUCGGGUGUUCUUCAACUGGCUCCGGAUACGGAACAGCCGCAUCUGCUGCUGGUGCCCAGCUCGUACUCCUCGUCAGUGGGAAAUCCCUGGCCGCAUUUCUAUGUGGACACCUUGACGACUUCGCACCUGCCACAUUCGGUGAUUCCAACGAUUCCAUCGAGUCCAUCGAUACCUUCCAUCCAUGAACCCCGCAUCGUGGUCAAUGAUAAUGUGGAUUUUUCGCAACUCAAAUUGCCACAGCAUCCAGUUGUCCGCUCCCACGGUCGCUAA